AAAUAGUUUUCUUUAUUAUAAUUACCAAUAGAGAUAAACCUUCAGAGCUUCCAAGCUCUCAUCAAUGGCGGCAUUCUCACCGCCAUUGCUCCUCCUCCUUCCCCUCUUUCUCUUCCCCCAUCUCACCCAAUCCACCGAUGCUGAUGCUUUACUCGCCUUCAAGCUCGCUGUCGAUCCUCACAACUCCUUGCCAUGGCGGCGUGCCACCAUUACCGACCUCUGCUCCCCUUCAUCUCCAUGGCUCGGCGUCAAAGAGUGUUCCAACGACGGCAGGGUCACCAAGCUCGUCCUCGAGUUCUUGAAUCUCACCGGAGUUAUCCCCAUUGAUGCCCUAACCCCUCUCGCCGAGCUCCGCGUUCUCAGCCUCAAAUCCAACUCCUUCACCGGCCUAAUCCCUGAUCUAUCCCAUCUCUCCAACCUCAAAUCUCUGUAUCUCAACUUCAAUCGCUUCUCCGGCCACAUCCCAUCGAAGAUCGCUGAGCUUCACCGCCUCAAGGUCAUUGUUCUCUCCGAUAACCUCUUCUCCGGUGAUAUCCCUCCGUCUCUCACUACCAUCCCUCGUUUAUACGUGAUGCUUCUCCAGAACAAUCGUCUCUCCGGAACGAUCCCGCCUUUCAACCAAUCCAACCUCCGGUUCUUCAACGUCUCCGGCAAUGCCCUUUACGGUGAGAUUCCAACCACUCGGUCCCUCUCCAGAUUCAAUCUCUCCUCCUUCUCCAACAACCCUAGCCUCUGCGGCGCUGCAAUCAAGCUCGCUUGCUCUCAAACCCCACUCGCCUCACCAUCCGAGAUCCCGUUCAUCGCCUCUUCUCCUCUCUCUCCAUCAACGAACAAGAGGAAGAAGAACAACAAGAAAAAGCUCAUCGGAAUCAUCGCCGGAUCCACAGCCGGAGCGCUACUUCUCGCCGUUCUCCUAAUCAUACUACUCCGAAGGAUUCUCAAGAGCAACAACAAUAAUCAGGCCAGAAGAGCAAGGUCGAAAUCCACAUCGACAUCGGCGGCGCCGGAGAUCGUCGUCGCCGGAGGAGGAGGAGGAGGAGACGAAGGUGGACCAAGUGGGGAACCGGGGAAACGAGGUGAGGUAGGGAAACGGGGAUUCGCAUGGGAAUCGGAAGGGUUAGGGAAACUCGUUUUUUGCGGGGGAAACGGGGAGGAAAUGUAUAGUUUAGAAGAUCUCUUGAGAGCUUCAGCGGAAACGCUUGGAAGGGGUACGACUGGAAGUACUUAUAAGGCCGUUAUGGAAACGGGUUUCAUCGUCACUGUGAAACGUCUCAAAGAUUCCGGAUUCCCAGGGUUCGAUGAGUUUCGGGCGCGGAUCGAGGAAGUUGGUCGGGUCCGACACCCGAACCUGGUUCCACUCCGAGCCUACUUCCAAGCCAAAGAAGAGCGCUUGCUGGUCUACGAUUACUUCCCCAAUGGUAGUCUUUUCUCUCUCAUUCACGGUACUAAGCAACUGGGAGCGGGAAAACCUCUCCAUUGGACCUCAUGUUUGAAAAUAGCUGAGGAUGUAGCCACUGGGCUUCUAUACCUCCACACCUCAUCCCCUCCAAUGCUCCAUGGCAACCUCAAAUCCUCCAAUGUCCUCCUCGGCCCUGACUUCGAAUCCUGCCUCACUGACUACUCCUUGAUCCCCAACCUUCAUCCUCCCAUCUCCGAUGACCCCCUCCCCUCCUCAUCCCUCUUCUAUCGAGCUCCCGAAUGUCGACACAAUUCCACUAGUGCUAAAAAUUUCACUCAUCUCUCUGAUAUGUUCAGCUUUGGAGUUCUCCUUUUGGAGUUGCUCACCGGAAAAACACCAUUUCAAGAUCUUGUGGAGCAGCAUGGUGCUGAUAUAGCAAGGUGGGUGAGGUCAGUGAGGGAGGAGGAGAUGGAGUCCGGUGAUGAGACGGUGGCGGUGUCGGGGAAUGAGGGGUCGGAGGAAAAGCUUGGGGCAUUGGUGAAUGUGGCAAUGGCCUGUGUUAGUGUGGCGCCGGAAAGGAGGCCGGGGGCGAAGGAGGUGUUGAAGAUGAUAAGGGAGGCGAGGGCGGAGGCGUUGGUUUCGUCUAAUAGUAGUGAUCAUUCUCCGGCCAGGUGGUCGGAUACGGUGCAGAGCUUGCCCAGAGAACUUGGGUCUGAUCACUCUGAGAGAGAUUGAGUUUUUUUUUUUAGAUUUUUGUGAUUUUAGAAACGGAGAUUUUAGAGCUGAUGAGGGAUGGUUUUCUUCAACGUUGUGUUGUAGAAGUAAAAGUUAAAGUGUGUGUGGGUGUGGGUUUAGGAAGGGUUUAGGUUGGUUGUUUCAAUUGUGGGUUUUUAUUUACUGGUGUUAUUUGUUUGAAAUUUCAAGAAUGUGGAAAAAAAAAAGGUUGAGAUUUUACCUGGGUAGGACUAUAGAGAUGGUAAGGGCCAUUCAUUUCUUGAAAAGUAUCAAGAAGUGAAGAAGGGUUUGGAAGUCCCUAAAGUGAUUGAAAAUGAUGAUAAAAAUUACAGUUAAUGUGUUUAUUUUAUAAAUGAAAAGACACCAAAAGUAUGGGGAGCUUCAAGACAUCUUUAUCAGGAUUUGGAUGGUUGGGAGAACAGAAAGGAAUUGACAUUAUAUAUGUUAAUAAUUUCCCUUUCAUUUUAGUUUAAAAAUAUUGAAGUUGUUUAAUUAAAUUGAAAGAAGUGGGAAGUGUUAUUUUUUC